AUGGCGCCUCAAAGCGUUCGCGACAGGAAUGGCUACUUGCCACUCUCGUUAGGAUUCACACCGGCUACAAGUCAAGGCGGUAGCUUUGCGCGCACCCUCUUCACAAGGCGGACACUAUCAUGCGUUCUCUUCGUUUUGGUUGUUUGCACCAUCACACCAGUCUACCUCCUAAAGUCGCAAUUGUUGGGCGAAGACAGGAUGCGAAAGCUCGGACUGGAGGAGUGGAUACCGAGCUUCCAUGCUCCGGAAAAAGCAGCACACGAAGCGCCACCACCCAUGCCCGUCCCUAGCAUAGGCUCCAGCAUCUCUGCCAACAUUCCACCCCUUUCUCACUUGAACUUCCCACCGCACUACUACGACAGCUUAGCUGAUGUCGCGCAGCUCUAUCCGAAUGGCAAUCCGCACGCGGGUAUCAUCCCUUCGGCCCUGCUCGCCAUGAUCGAAGUUGCACCAGCCUCACAACCUCCACCACGCCCGGCGCUGGCAGCUCGCGUACCCGAGGCUCUGCACGCGCCCCACAACUGGAGCGUGGAGAAGAACGGCUCGACGACGCGGUUCGAGGAUACAUUCAAGGCGAGCGAGCAGUCGCAGGCUCCGGACUUCCGCACGGGUACGCGCUACGCAGGGUGGCAGCCGCCCCUUGCCGAUCUCAACGAGACGCGCCGCGUCCAGCCGCUGCCAAAAGUCCAAUUUGCUUUCCCGGCGCCGGACAAGUUCUCUGGCAAGCAAGGCAGCCCGCAGAGGGAUGCGCUGAUCCGGCAUAGGCAAAAGCUGGUGAAGAAUGCUUUUGUAAGAAGCUGGGAGGGCUACAAAAAGUAUGCGUGGGGUCACGACGAACUCAAGCCGCUUAGCAAUGGAUCAUCUGAUCCGUUCAACGGAUGGGGCGCAACGAUUGUUGAUGCGCUCGAUACGCUGCUCGUCAUGGAUCUACCCGCCGAGUACAACUACGCGAGACAGCACGUGCACGAUAUCGACUUCACCCUGAUAAGCGGCGAACGCAGUGCGUAUGGCAGCUCCGACGGGCGCAUCCCUGUGUUUGAGACAGCCAUUCGCUACCUCGGCGGCUUACUCUCCGCAUACGACUUGUCCGGUGAUGAGCUUAUGCGUGACCGCGCCGAAGAGCUUGGCCAGCUGAUCAUGCCUGCUUUCAAGACGAUGAGUGGCGUCCCCGUCGGCCGGCUCCGAAUGGGAGACACCAACCCGGCCAGCUCGGACAGUGUCAUCCUCUCCGAAGCGACGAGCCUGCUGCUUGAGUUCACGAGGCUCUGGCAGGCAACAGGGAAUAGGACGUACUUUGAUCAGGUACAGCGCACCACGGACUGGUUCAAUCACAACAUCACCAGUUCGGGUCGUCUCGGCACUCUCUUGCCAACGAACAUCAGCCCCGACUCCAAGCACAUGUACGGUCUUUACUCGUUCGGUGGCAUGGCGGACUCGUACUACGAAUAUCUCAUCAAGGAGUACCAGCUGCUCGGCGGCAGGGUGGACCAGUACAAGCACAUGUACUCGCACGCGAUCAGGGACGCCAAGAAGUUCCUUUACUCUGUUGUCGAUUCGGUCCCGAACACGUUGCUGCUGCUCGUCGGCAUUUCGACGGGGACGUCGUACACUGCCAAGCUGGAGCAUCUUGCUUGCUUCAGCGGCGCAAUGGUCGGCCUUGGCGCCAAGCUGCUGCCGGACCGAGCGGAGGACAUCCAUGACGCCACUCGCCUGACCGAGACGUGCUACUGGUCGUACAAUUCGACGCUGACGGGCAUCGGGCCGGAGGACAUAACCUUCUACCAGACUGGAGACCCCGACCGCUUCGACGUCAUGAGUGCAGCAACAAGCAACGGUGCGGACCGCCACGGCCGUGCGCGCGGGAACCCGCAGGUGGGCGUCAGGGGCGCCAACGGCGACUAUCGCAACCGGCCAGAGACAAUCGAGUCAGUCUUCUACAUGUGGCGCAUCACCGGCGAUGAAGUGUGGCAGGAGCGCGGAUGGCAGAUGUUCGCCAGCUGGGUCACGCAUUCGAUGACCGAGAGCGGCUUCGCGGGCAUCGUCGACGUCAAUCGCGUACCCGUAACUAAGAUGGACAACAUGGAGAGCUUUGCGUUUGCAGAGACUUUCAAGUAUUACUACCUGCUCUUUAGCCCGCCAGAUCUCAUCAGUCUGGAUGACUAUGUCUUUACCACCGAGGCGCACCCACUGCUGGUGCCGAAGAACGGACGUUGGACACAGCCUGGGCACGGCCCGAAGAAAUUCUGGAAAUACGACGAGGGUGCACAGAAACUUGCAGGCCUCGCCGCUGCUGCCAAAAUGAGCACCGGUGGCGACGGCGCGAGCAGCCCGAAGAUGCCGUACAUUGGCGGCGAAGGCGGGACACGUAUCGGCGCAAUGACGAACGUGCAGAAGCACGCGCUGCUGCGCGCGCACCAAGCCGCGAGCGAGCUGCAGCUAGCGCGCUCGGUCUCGAACGCGCUGCAUGAACUCGCGCUGCGCGAGCUUGCGCUGGAGCAAGUCAUUGCGCAGAAGCGCGAAGCUGCCGCAGCUGGAGCGGAGGGGACAGCGGCGGAGGACAAAGUGGAGGAGAUAGUGGCGGCGCUGCGCCGGGAUCCGCAGGGAUUCGAGGAUGCGCUGCAAGGCGUCGUGAUCAAUGUCGCUGAGCCGCAUGUGCGCCGCGCGCUGCGUGCUCUGCUCGAUCGUCGCCAGCCUGCAGACACUGGCAUGUUCGAGGAGGAAGUAUACGAAGAGGACGAGGAAGAAGAUGUGGAAGGAGAGAAGGACGCGUUACUCGAUCGCGCGCUGCAUGCUUAUGCGCGGGCACAUCGACAGCAGCAGGAAGCCAAAGAGACACUCGCCACUGCUACUGUAGGUGACGGCGGGGAGUUGAACACCAGUCCCUUGCUGCAGAUGCCGUCUUCAUCGUCUGCAAACGAAGAGUCAGGGCCUGAGCCGCGCGCGUUCGGAGGCGGCUUUGGAAGCCGUGGACUGCGCGCGUAA